AAACCCUACAUCCAAUCACUGGAACUUUUCUCCACUUCAAUCUUCAAAGAUCUCAGUAACUAAACCAAGAUCUGCACUAAGACAAUUUUUAACGAAACCUACAAGCCUGCCUACUCUUUUAAGGCUUCAUUUAUAUCUUAAAGCAUGGCCACCUUCUGCUAUCUAG